AUGUCACGACUCUUUGAGCCAUUGGCCGUUGGGUCAACUGCACUGGAGCACCGAAUUGUGAUGGCGCCUCUGACCAGAUACCGCUGCGACGAUGAUCAUUGCCCAACUUCCAUGACGAGAGAAUACUACGAACAACGCGCAUCAACACCUGGCACUCUCAUCAUCAGCGAAGCAACUUUUAUAUCUGAAAGCACGGCCGGUUCCGACAACGCACCUGGAAUCUGGUCCGGCGCUCAAGUCACAGCGUGGCGCAGUAUAACUGACGCAAUUCAUGAAAAGGGCUGCAAAGUAUUUUGUCAGCUCUGGCACCAAGGACGAGCUGGCAACCCUGAUGUUCUCCGGAGGAAGGGCUACCCCCUUCUUUCCAGUAGUGCUGUUCCGGCUGAGCCAUCGAUGACAACCCCUCAAGAAAUGGCAGAGGACGAUAUAAAGACUACUAUAAAGAACUAUGUCUCUGCUGCGCGAAACGCCAUUGCAGCGGGUUUUGACGGCGUUGAGAUCCAUGGUGCAAAUGGGUAUCUACCCGAUCAGUUCUUACAGGACACUUGCAACAAACGUACGGACCGUUGGGGAGGAAGUAUCGAGAACCGAGCUAGAUUUCACAUCGAAGUCACAAAAGCAGUCAUCGCAGCCAUAGGAGCCGAUAAGAUUGGAAUGCGGCUCAGUCCCUACAGCGACUUUCUAGGCAUGCUCAUGGACGACCCGGAUGCUCAGUUCCGUUACCUCAUCGAACAGCUCAAACCACUUGGCCUAGCAUACUUGCAUCUCAUCGAAGCUCGUAUACGCGGUAACGAUGAUGCUGACUGUGGUGGUCAACGGACAGUUCGAUGGAUUGUUGAACUGUGGAACAACACAAGUCCUGUGAUUCUAUCGGGUGGUUUCAAGAGUGAUUCAGCUAAGAUAGCUGUUGAUGAGAUUUACAAGGGAUUUGAAGUUCUGAUUGCGUUUGGAAGAUAUUUUGUCGCCAAUCCGGACCUUGUGUUUCGGUUGAAGGCUGGUGUUGCGUUGGAGGGUUAUGAUAGGACGUACUUUUAUACUCCAAAGAUAGCGAAGGGGUAUACUGACUACGCGUUUAGUCAGGAGUUCUUGAGAAAGAAUGCUGUAAAGGCGUAA